AUGCAGAAUGCACGAUCGCCAAAGGAAUUGAAAUCGAGUACAAAAGCAUCAAACUUGGAAGUUGAUCAGACAAGCCUGAAUCCGAAAUCGUCGCCACUUUCAGGAAAGCCCAAUAUUUUUAACCCGAUACAGCAGUCUCUGGCUGGUGAUUUUUCUGGGAGUGAAGAAGAAGACGUUUCCGACGUGGAGUCAUUCAUCCUUGAGCAGGGAGAUUUGGACGAGGACGCGCUGCUAGACGCGCCUAAGUUCAUACUGCCGGCGGAGGCGGGGGACAGUCCGGAUCUUCGCGGCGUCGACGCCGAAACUCAGGCUCGCCUCGAGGCUCUGUUAGAAGCAGCAGGUGCGGACAUCAACGCGCAGACGGAGGAGACUCAGGAGACGGCGCUGACGCUAGCCUGCUGCGGCGGCUUCCUAGAGGUCGCAGACUUCCUCAUCAAGGCUGAGGCCGACAUCGAGCUGGGGGCCAGCACGCCGCUCAUGGAGGCGGCGCAGGAGGGCCACCUAGAGCUCGUACGCUACCUCCUGGAAGCCGGUGCGAACGUGCGUGCGCAGACGGCGACUGGCGAUACAGCACUCACAUACGCGUGUGAGAACGGCCACACCGACGUCGCUGAACUACUGCUGCAGUACGGAGCCGACAUCGAGCAUGAGUCUGAGGGCGGGCGUACGCCGCUGAUGAAGGCAGCGCGCGCGGGACACCUGUGCACCGUGCAGUUCCUCAACUCUCGUGGGGCGGACGUGAACAAGUUCACGACGAACAACGACCACACGGUGCUGUCGCUCGCCUGCGCCGGCGGACACCUCGCCGUCGUAGAACUCCUCCUCGCCAACGGCGCCGACCCCUCGCACAAGCUAAAGGUUAUAAAUCCUCGACAGGUUAUCGGUCGACCGGAAACGCACCUAUUUUUUUGUUUGGCCUUAUCAGUAGUCUCCGAUGCGACGGUUCGUUGCCGCGGUUCGAUUGUCGCAAACGUGAUGCGGGCGCGAAAGACCGAAGAGAAAUUUCUCGGCGAAACUGCUCUUUCGUUGCGUGAAACGGUGCUGCAAAGCAGAAUCGGCAAGUUGACAACGGUCGACGGCAAGGCAUUCACGGACCCGGAGGUGCUGCGCAAACUGACGUCAUCAGUGAGCUGUGCGCUGGACGAAGCGGCGGCGGCCCUGACGCGCAUGCGCGCCGAAAACCCCGGCUUUACUCCGUUGAUCCUGGCGGCGACGGCUGGACACGCCGGCGUCGUACAGAUCCUGCUAGACAACGGCGCGGACAUUGAGGCGGGGGCAUUCCUCGAGACGUGCUGUGCGACGGAGUUUGCCGGCGCGAAAAGUUUCCGUGCGACGAUCGUGCUCUGUUGUUUAAGUCGGGUUGCCCUCGAGGCAAGGCCAGGCAACUCGAACCGCCUCGCCGCGUCCGGCGGCUACGUCAACAUCAUCAAGCUGCUGCUGCAGCAUGCUGCCGAGAUCAACUCAAGGACUGGCAGUAAGCUAGGCAUAUCACCUCUCAUGUUGGCUGCGAUGAACGGGCACACAGCGGCGGUCAAGCUGCUGCUGGACAUGGGCUCGGACAUCAACGCGCAGAUCGAAACCAACCGCAACACGGCCCUGACCCUCGCCUGCUUCCAAGGUCGCCACGAGGUCGUCAGCCUGCUCGUGGAUCGCAGGGCCAACGUCGAACACCGGGCGAAGACGGGGCUGACGCCGCUCAUGGAGGCAGCGUCGGGCGGCUACGUGGAGGUGGGCCGCGUGCUGCUGGACAAGGGAGCGGACGUGAACGCCGCGCCCGUGCCGUCGUCACGCGACACCGCGCUCACGAUCGCCGCAGACAAGGGCCACUACCGCUUCGUGGAGCUGCUGCUGCAGCGCAGCGCCAUGGUCGACGUAAAAAACAAGAAGGGAAACUCUCCGCUAUGGCUGGCCUGCAACGGUGGUCACUUGGACGUCGUCCAGCUACUGGUGAACGCCGGUGCGGACAUCGACAGUCAGGACAACAGGAAGGUCUCCUGCCUGAUGGCGGCAUUUCGGAAGGGUCACGUCAAGGUCGUGAAGUGGCUGGUCAAGCAUGUUACACAGUUCCCCUCUGACACUGAAUGCAUGCGAUACAUAGCUACCAUAUCAGACAAGGAGUUGUUGAAGAAGUGUAACCAGUGUAUGGAGAUAAUAGUCAGUGCGAAGGUGAGGCAGGCCGAGGAAGCGAACAAGAACGCAAACUCUCUGCUCAAGGAGCUAGACCUGGAGAAGUCUCGCGAGGAGACGAAGAAAGCUGCCAAGCAGAGGAAGAAGGAGAAGGCGAAGAAGAAGAAGAAGGAGAGAGCAGCCGAACAAGCGAAAAUAGAUGAAGAACUUGAGAAACAAGAGAUGGAAGAAAACAGGAAGAAAGAAGCCCUGCAGAGAGAGAACGAAGAGAGAGAGAGACGGCAACAGAUGCUAGCACUGGAGGUGGCCGUAACGACUGCCACCACCACUACAACUAUCGGAAUGACUCUCGCGGACGGCCGAUCCUCCGUGACGGCCGGCCAGAACAACGCGAACAACAAGAACGCCAAGAACAGCAAGGAGAACCUGAACACGGCGAAGGAGAACCAGAAGAACCAGAGCAAGGACGUGCUGCAGCAGCAGCAGCAGCAGCAGAGGCUGGAGCCGGCCGACUUGCAGCAGCCGUCCAAGGACAAAGUCAGAUCUCAGAGGGAGCUCGACAGGGGGAGGAACGCGUCGGAGAGGGGCAGGACGACGAUGUCGUCGUCGAAGAAGAAGGAGAGCGCGGCGAACGGAGGAGGAGGGAUGCACGCGGCGUCGCGGAUGGAGGAGGAGGCUCGCAGGAAGCAGGAGAAGGAGGAGGAGAAGAAGCGACGGACGGAGGAGCUUCAGGAUCGCGUGCCCCGCAUCGCGCUCGCCGCCGCUCCCGCGUCCUCCGUCGCCGCGGCAACCGCAUACCCGCCGGCCGCCGCGCCCAUCGGCAGCAAGAACAAGCGCAAGAAGCUCGACACUGGACAAGUGAACAGCGGUGGCGGCCGCGGCGGCGGGGAGGCGGUGGAUGAGUUUGGCAAGAUGCCGCUGGGGAAGGUUUCUCUGACGAAGGCAUCAAAGGCGAACGCUCAGUCGCACGCAAACUCCAUGGACAGCUUUGAUUUCUUACCGCUAAAAGGUACUACUCCUAACUUCAGCAUUUACAACAGCCUGGCCGCACCCACCAAGGCUGGAUCGUUGGCGAUGAUGACAAGCCCUAAACGCAACCAGAAACGCGAGGACGGAUGGAAAGAGGUCGUCAGAAGGUCAAAGAAAGUGUCUGUGCCGUCAGCGGCAGUGUCACGGGUGAUUGGUAAAGGUGGAGCGAACAUCACAGCUAUCCGUGAGGCGUCUGCUGCUAACAUCGAUGUUGACAAACAGAAGGGCACCGGUGACCGAACGAUCACCAUUAA